GCGGAUAUGUUUGUGUGCUGUUGCUCACAUCGGUAACGCUAUCAAAAUGUUCAUUGUCACAUUCGCUCCAUUAUCGAUGUAUUUUUCUCAAAACUAUCCUAGUUGUUAACCCGGCAAACAAACUAUGCCAGUCGGCGCAGAAGUUGACGCCCCAUAGUCGGCUUGUUCGUGGCGGCUGGAGCGGCUCUGCCCGGCUCCAACAGAUGGACUCCUCGGUGGGCAAAAGGCGGAAGACUGCGCAUCCACACUCCGAAGCCAAGAUGCUACACGGCCGCUAGUCUACGGUUAGCCAAACACUAGCCUGCACUUAGCUAGCUGCUCGUCAGCUCCUUGGAAACUUCUAGUCAGCUUCGUGCUGACUCAGCAGUUAAUCACUCAUCUCAGCUAACUAACGUUAGCUAGCCACCGUGCUCGUUUAAGUUUCUCUGCCACUUCCGCGGUCGGCACUGUGCUAGUUUUUUGCGUGCGUGCGCGCGCGCCUUGUUUAUGAUCGUCGCCACUCAACUUCCGGUCCGUCUUGUCAUUCCUGAGCUCAUGUUGAUGCGCAAAGCAUGCGUGUACGUGCAUUGUUGUGAUGACUGCGUAAAAGCUUGUUGCUUGCAGGGUUGAAAAGUGGGCGAUGGACUUGCAGACGCCGCAAGGAGGCGCCGUCAACUGAAGCAGCUUCCACCCUCCGGAGGGACGAUGGCGAGCCGCAGGAAGUCCAGCACGCCGUGCAUGGUUCCUCCUCGGGAGGCGCUCCACUCGGAUCAGGCCACGGAGGAAGUGACGGAUGAGGUGGAGUCCGAGGAUACGAGUGGCGAGGCCAGCGUUUCCAGGCCCAUGGAGGGGAGAGGCCACAGGGGCUCGGAAAGUUACUCGCACACAAGCGCUGCCGAGGGAGGCUACGAGUGCAAGUACUGCAACUUCCGGACGUCUCAACUCAACUUGUUCACCGUGCACGUGGACUCUGAGCAUCCCGAUGUGGUCACCAACACGUCGUACGUGUGCGUCGAGUGCGACUACCACACCAGGAGCUACGACACGCUACUGGCGCACAACGCUCGCCAUCACCCGGGCGAGGACAACUUCACACGCACAAUGGUGAGACGCAGCAAUGAGACGGUCUUCCAGCAGACGGUCAACGACCUCACCUUCGACGGCGGUUUUGUUAAGAUGGAAGUCGGCGAGGGGGAGGACGUGUGGCGGAAAGGCAUUGCCCUCAGCAAGACCCCCAUCAUGAGGAGCAGGGCGGAGCCCAAAAAGUUCACUACCUCGCACAAAAUGGCCAUCGAAGACGGCAUUAAGGUGGAGAGCCAGGACGAGACUGACGAGUACGAGGACCCGCCCACACUGUCGCCCGCCCCCGCGACUGCCACCGGCCCACGACUCGUCCCUGUCACCUCCCCGCUUCACGUCCAGACGGUGUCCCCGAGCUUCGUGGUGAACAGCGCCAACGUGCUUCAGGUGAAAGGUGGCGGUGGCACCGUGCUCCCCGCCGGGACGCUGGCGCAGGUUCUGUCAGCUUUGCAGAACCAGCAGAACCAGAUGCAGCUCCUCAUCCCCGUUAGCAGCAUUCCUGCCUACAACGCUGCCAUGGACAACAACGUCCUGCUGGUCAGCUCCUACAACAGGUUUCCCUAUCCGUCGGUGUCGGAGGUCACCACCUUGUCGUCGCAGACCAAGUUCAGCGAGGAGAACAUCAAAGUGUGGUUCUCCGCCCAGAGGCUCAAACAUGGCGUCAGUUGGACGCCCGAGGAGGUGGAGGAGGCGCGCAGGAAGAAGUUUAACGGCACCGUGCAGACCAUCCCUCAGACCAUCACCGUCAUCCCCGCCAACAUGGCUGCUGCUGCCGCUAACGGCCUGCAUUCCAUCUUCCAGACUUGUCAGAUCGUGGGCCAGCCAGGUUUGGUCCUCACGCAGAUGGGCGCGGUCGGCGGCACCAUGUCCGUCGGUUCCCCUGUCGCGCUGACCGUCGCUGGCACUCCCGGCAACCGGCCGAAAGCUGUUGAAUCUGCAGCGUCCGAGUCAAAGACGGAGAAGGUGUCCUCGCCGGCCUCUUUCGACUCCGCCUCCAAACCCAAAAAGUCCAAAGAGCAGCUGGCCGAGCUGAAGGCGAGCUACGGCAGGCGUCAGUUUGCCACUGAAGCGGAGAUUUCCCGCCUCAUGCAGAUCACCAAGCUGUCGAAACGCGCCAUCAAGAAGUGGUUCAGCGACACGCGCUACAACCAGCGCAACUCCAAGGACCAGCACGCCGACAGCCCGUCCAGCAGGGGGCCGGUGCCGGCUGCAGGCGCCCGGGUCGGAAGGGGCGGCGGAAAUGACGGCGACACCAGCGACAACGCUGCCGCCAUCGUCAUCGACUCCAGUGACGACGCCAGCGACGCCUCGCCGACGGCCGCCCCCUCUCUGGGCUCGCCCCGCCCCCCAGGAGACCGCCGCGCCAAACUCCGCCACGCCUUCCCAGACUUCACGCCCCAGAAGUUCAAGGAGAAGACCUCAGAGCAGCUGUUUGUCCUGGAGUCCAGUUUCCGCAAAUGCGACACGCCGUCAGACGACGAGCUGAUGCGCCUGCGGGCGCUGACCAAGCUGACGCGCCGCGAGGUGGACGCCUGGUUCACCGAGAGACGCAAAACGCCUCACGACACGCACUCGUUAGACAGCGAGGCGGGCGACGACAAGCCCAAACCUGCCACCACCCGGGAACGCCACACAGUGGCCCCCGCGGGCCGCAGGAUGAUGAAGAAAACGCCCGAGCAACUCCAUAUUCUGAAGAAAGCCUUCGUCCGCUCGCAAUGGCCGACCACCGAGGAGUACGACAAGAUGGCGGAGGACAGCGGCCUGCCGCGCACCUACGUCGUCAACUGGUUUGGCGACACACGAUACGCCUGCAAGAACAGUAACCUCAAGUGGUUCUACCUGUACCAGAGCGGCAAGGUGGACGAGGCGCUCAACGGUGGAACCAAAAUCCACAAGAAGUCCAGGAAGCGUUUCCGGGGUUGGUCCAGGAGAACACGUCGGCCGUAUCCUUGCAAGCGCUCGCCACAGGGGGGCGCCAUGCCCAGCAAGGCCAAAAGCGGCAAGGCCUUCCUGAGGGACUACUAUGUCCAGCAUGGCGUCCUGAGGGAAGACGACGUGGACGCGUUGGCAGCCACGUCGGACAUGAGUGCGCAACAAGUGAGGGCGUGGUUUGGUGAAUUGGGUCGGCGGGCACAGGAAGGCAAGGAGAUGUUCAGCGAGGAGGAGGAGGAAACGCUAGAAUGUGUGGACAGUGAAGGAGACAUGGACGUGAAAGGACAAAUGGAGGCAUCCGAUGACUGCAACCUGGAGGAGGAAGAAGAGGAGGACGAUGAAGGUGAGUUGUCUCCUGGUGGGACGUUACAGCAAACGUGAGCAGGCUCGUUCUUGCUUAAACGGCUGGUGAGGCUGUUCGUGGCGCUGCAGGAAGUCACGGGACAAACAUUCCGCACGCAGCUAUCUUUUAUUAUGGUGGGAAUGACCCCAGCUUUUCUAUUGCUUUUUUCUCUUGGGCCACUUUGUAUGACAGAGAAGAUUGCAAAUAUUUCUCCGAGUGAGACCUCUUGUAUCCAGUUAUUUUUCCAGGCUGACCCGGUCAACUUUUAUUGUGAAAGGAAGUCCAGUGAGUGCCAUCACGUGUUUGCCAAGGUGAAAGGUGUAAAUGUGACUCUUUCAUCGGACUUGAUGCUCAUAAGCAGCUUUUCUUCACGUCAUCACGUGCUCACCUCCUCGCUGUUUCCUGGACAGACACAGGCCACCACACACAUCAGCUUUUCAUAUGAGGACAACACUUUAAUUUGUAACUUUGUGCACCCACUUCCUCUUCCUAUUUAUUCUUUGAACUUUGACCUUGUCAUUUGCAGGAAUAAAAAGCUGAAAUAAGACGUCUGGUUUGUUCCUAUAGGCCAUGUUGGGCACUUCCUUAUUGUGUCAACAGAUGGCAGCGCCCUCACACCUCCUCCUCCUGUGAAUGCAACUUCUUCACAGUGCUACACGUGGUCCACAAGGUCCUGGUCUAGCCCAGCAG